CUUCUGUUUGGAAGGCAGGGCAGAGCAUUCUGCAAGAUGGUCAAGUAGCCGAUUUUCAGUUUCGGACGAUGCGCAAGCAGAUUUCGAGGGAGGAAGGAAUUUCAAGCAUCAAACUCGAUUGAUUAGGCUCUGGGUUUUGUUAGGUUUCUUUCCAUAGAUCAGAGCGGGACGUGUGUGGUCGCUUGAUUCGGAGCACUGAGGGAGGAGGAUGGAGUCGCUCCUUGCAAGUUACGCUAGUGACGAUGAAGAUGAGCAGGAGGAGAUAACGCCGCGCGUGGAGAUUGCGCCAAGCUUGCCCGCGGCCUCCGAUGCACCGCAAAAGGUUUCGUUGUUUGGUCGCCUCCCACCACCGAGGAAUUCUGGGUCUGGAACUUCUGUACAAUCCUCAGGUUCUCUGUUUGCUUCUCUGCCCCCGCCGCAAUUCGGGGCCAAAUCUGCAGAAGUUAGCUCUCCCUUCCCUACCGCGGAUGUUUUUGCCCAGGAAUCAUCUCGACCCUCGCUGUUCGCAAAGCUACCUCCCCCGAAAUCUGAAAAACCUGAAACGUCGGACGGGAACCCUAAUCGCGGUAAUCUCCCUUCGAAAUCUUCUCUGUUUGCAGCUCUUCCGCCCCCUAAGGUUGAGUUUGACAGUUCUGUGGUGAAGGUCGAGACCCCCGACGUGAAACCUAAAGUGAAGAAGCACCCAGUGGCAUUCAAACCUCCGAUUGAUGUGUCUGUUCUUGAGGACGACGAUGAUGGUUGGAGACCAGCGCAUAAGAAGGCAAAAGCUGAGCCCAGUCCGAUGAUCAAAAGCGGAGGUGGUCUCAGCGCUCUCUUACCGGCCCCCAGGAACAGCCUGGGAUCCGGUGCCACAUUGGGAGGUGGUGCUGCUUCUGGUGGGCGUCGUGCAGCCAUGGAAGUUGGUGGGAAGUCAGUAACGCAGGAUAUUAAGCCGAAGGCGGAGCCAGUAGUUGUAAACUCCAGGAUAUCCACAACGUCCGGAGCAAUCGAUUCGCGUGCUUCCCAAGCCCAAGUUCAGUACGAUCAUUCCUCGUAUGCAUUAGAUCAGAGCACCGCAUUUGCUCCUCAGCUGCCUUCCGAAAACAAUUCAUAUGGCUAUUCAGCGCCAACGGAAGCAUACACAUCCGCGCAGGAGAUUCCUCAUUCAACAUAUAAUGUCAAUAGCCAUUACGAACAGCAGGAUUGGCAGUAUUCCGGGAACGUUCCAUAUUACGCUAGUCAUCCAACUCACGCCAACCAUGCAGUAGCGAGUUCUCCACCGGUUGUUGAUCCAGUUGCACAAGUCUUGCAGUCUGAGAGAAGAAGAGGUAGAGAAGAUAAAUUGGCUGCUUCUAAUGUGAUUGAGGUCAAGCAAGCUGAUCUUACUGGCGGAAAAAUAAGGGAGGACCAACUGCGAGUAACCGGGAUUGCGUUUGGGCCAUCUUAUCAGCCGGUUUCUUCGAGUAAAGAUAAGCCAUCUAAAGUACACCGAAGAAAGCACCAAAUUGGCACCCUUUUGCAUGAUAUGAGGUCAAAAGAAAUGGAGUUAUUGGAGCGUCGCGCUAAAGGGAACUUGACGAAAGCAGAAACUCAUGCCAAAUACGGCUGGUAGUGUUAAAUUGCAGUCUGAUUGUGGUUUGUAGGGAAUGAUAUAUUGGGGAGGUCAAUUCGCUGCAUCCAUCUUGUCAGGUUCUUCUUGUGUAGAGUUUUCGACUAGAUUUUGUGUUUGAAAAUUGAGAAAGAACUGCUUUCCCUCAAUUGUUGUGCUAAGUAUAGGGGAUCUCACUUGGACAGGUAUUGCCUAAGCUCUGCAGCCUAAAUUGGUAACAAGCUGCGUAAGAUUUUCUGCCCAGCUGACUUCGUUGGCCAGUUCAUUUCCCUCUAGUAAUGAGAUGGUAUCAUGCAGUUUGUCCCCAAGUACCUCCUCAGGCAUGCUCUUUACGGGAUGCUUAUCCGCUCUAUUCAAGGUCAUUUAAUUCAAUUGCAGUACUUGACUCAGACCCUCAACUGAGCAUACCCACUUUAAUCCUACGCCCUUUGAGCCUUUCUGGUUAGGUCUUCAAAUUUUUACUUGGCCAAUUUCAACAGAACUUCAGGAUAGGCUGGAGAAUGUAUUGUCAUGUUAAGCACACCAGAGAACGAGGCUUUAAGCAAUGGAGCCGAAUAUCUCAUUUUGAA